AUGGUUCAAGCUGUUAUUUUUACUGAUUUUGACGGUACAGUCACUCUACAAGAUUCUAACGAUUAUCUAACUGAUAACUAUGGUUUUGGUAAAGAAGCAAGAGGUAAAAUCUUUGAAGGUGUCCUUGAUGGUACUACUACCUUCAGAGAUGGUUUUACUCGUAUGAUUGAUUCUGUUAAGACUCCAUUAUCUGAAUCUUUAGAUAUUCUUAAGAAAAAUAUUGAAUUGGAUCCUGGUUUUAAAGAAACUUUUGAAUGGGCUCAAGCUAAUAAUGUUCCAAUUGUUGUUGUAUCUAGUGGUAUGGCGCCAAUUAUUAAAGCUUUAUUAACUAAACUAUUAGGUGCUGACGCAGUUGAAAAAAUUGAUAUUGUUGCUAAUGCCGUGGAUUUAGAUUCAAAUGAAAAGAUGACCGUUGUCUACAGAGAUGAAAGUGGUCAUGGUCAUGACAAAUCUAGAACCAUUGAUAUCUAUAAGAAAGAAUUCGAAGCUAAACAACCUGCAGGUGAAUCAAGACCAACUUAUUUCUAUUGUGGUGAUGGUAUCUCUGAUUUAAGUGCCGCUAAAGAAUGUGAUUUAUUAUUUGCUAAACGUGGUAAAGAUUUGGUAACUUUCUGUAAGAGACAAAAUGUUCCAUUCCAUGAAUUCGAUUCAUUUAAAGAUAUUUUAGCUAAUAUGAAAGAAGUACUAGCUGGUACUAAGACUGUUUCUGAAUUAAUGGAAAAUUAA